AUGAGCUCAGUCAAUGAAGCUGCUGAGAGUGCUCCUGGGACGGAGGUGCUUCGGGGUCCAGGGCUCCUCGAGUCAAUGUCCACCGUGCGACACAGUCUCGGGUUCUACACCGCCGUAUGCUGCGUCGGAAGGUUCUCUACCGCUUCUCCUGGAGCCGCAAUCCCUACCCUAUCCCUACUCUAUAAUGCACUACAUGAAGUCAUAGCGCAACAUCCCCCGCUCUCCCUCAGCAUUCAAGACGAGUUUUCACCAUCCGCGCGCUUCGUCCGGAUCCCGUCCUUCGAUCUCGAGCGUCUCCUCCAUGUCGAGCCUCUUCGGGACGAAGUCACUCGAGAGCGCGCAUUGACUCAAGUCAUCGAGGCGCGCCUCUCUACUCGCUUCAGCGACCUGGGUGUCUUGCCGCUUUGGCGACUCGUGGUGUUCCUUCCCUCAGAUGCGACGGACGCGGUUGCGCCGAGCGAGGUCGAUAUCGCGCUCUUCGUGCACCAUGGCAUCGCAGACGGCGGUAGCGCAGUCAUCUUCAUGCAAACGCUACUGACCGCACUCAACACUGCUGCCUCUCAACAACCAUUCAACUCCCUAGGGACCAUCGCAACACCGCCGAGAGCCACCCUUCUCCCGUCACUGGAAUCACUCCACACUCUUCCCGUAUCUUUCUUUACCCUCCUAGGCGUGAUAUGGCGGAUGGUGUUCCCAGCCUCUCGCGCGGGGUUUUGGACUGGCAAGCCCGUCUCCCGCCCGGAGGAUGUCGUGCGAACGCGACAGGCCAUCCACGUUUUCAGUGCCGAGACGGCCGCAAAACUCCUUGCCGCGGCGCGCGCACACAAGGUUACGCUCACGCCCCUGCUCGAAGCGCUCGUCGCGCGCGCGCUCUUCGACACGCUACCCGCGGACGGUACCGCCAAUCGUCUUGUCGCUUCAUGUCCGAUCAACUUGCGCGCGUUCAUGCCAGAGCAGAAGUCCGCCAUGGGCGUCUUUGUUGCAUCGGACGAUCACGAAUUUUUGCGCGGUGGUGUGGAGGCGGACGUGUGGAAGGAGGCUCAGCGCGCGGGAAGUCAGCUCGCGAGUACGUUGGGGUACAUCAAGAAGGGCAAGCACGUCAACGUCGGCAUGCUGCGCUACGUAGGCGACAUGCGACAGAACUUCGAGGGGAAGGUCGGCAAGCCCAGGGACCACUCAUUCGAGGUUAGCAAUACCGGCGCCGUCGAUGGUUCAGGCGGGCAAGGACCCUGGAGCAUCACGCAACUGCUGUUCUCACAGAGUGGGAGCAUUACGGGCGCGGCGGUCACUUUCAGCGUUAGCUCGAUUAAAGGAGGGCCUGUGACUGUCGCGGUGUCGUGGGUCGAAGGUGUCGUGGACGAGACGGUUGCGAACCGGAGCUUGGAGAAGCUGGUUUCCUUAGUUGACGAUGUGUGCUCUGGAAAGCUGUACACCGCGGGAGGUUAA